AUGGUGUCCUCAACAGCGGUCACUACUAAGGUGGCCUCCGGGUCCCCCUACCAACUCGAGAAGACCCAGGUUUCCAAGGCUUCUUCUGCGCUUUUGCGACACAUCAAAUCGAAGCAGGUGGAAAAGGAGAAGUCUGCGACCAAGAAGACUCUGAUUGGAGACAACGAUGAGUCCGACGAUGAAACCCCACUCAACAACGAGGCUGUCUGGCUCGUGGUCACCACCAAGAAGCACGUUGUCGACAAGAACCGCCUGAAGCCCGGCAAGAUUACCGUCCCACACUCCCUCAAUGACUCCUCGAACCUCAGUGUCUGCCUCAUCACCGCCGACCCUCAGCGCUCGGUCAAGAACAUUGUUACCGAUCCUUCUUUCCCUGAACAUCUUACUUCCCGCAUUGACCGGAGCUUUGAGAGUCGGCGACAACUCCUGUCCGAGCAUGAUGUUUUCCUGGCGGAUGACCGGAUCAUUUUGCGCUUGUCUAGCAAGCGGCCUAUUCCUAUUUCCAUUGCUAAGGUUGAGAAAAAGGACGGCAAGAGAGUGAAGAAGGACCCGAAGCAGAAGUCGAAGGAAGAAGACAGUGCUUUCGCCUCUCCUGCAAUUGUCGCCAAGGAGAUCGAGAAGGCACUCCACUCCGCACCUGUCCAGCUGGCUCCCGCCACUACUGCCUCCAUCCGCAUUGGUUCAUCUAAGUUUACCCCGGAGCAGCUGUCUGAGAAUGUUGAUGCUGUUGUUCAGGGCUUGACUGAAAAAUUCAUUACGAAGGGCUGGAGAAACAUCAAGGCCCUUCACAUCAAGGGUGCCACUACUAUGGCCAUGCCAAUCUGGUUAGCCAAUGAAUUGUGGGUUGAGGAGGGUGAUGUGGCUGAAGACACCGCUGAGGCUGAUGUGAAGGCCCUGGAAGGCGCCAAGAACAAGAAGCGCAAGCAGAGCGCGGAAGAUGAGAAGCUGCUGGAGGCCAAUAAGAAGUCCAAGAAACCCAAGGCUGCUGAUGAGGACGAGGACACUGCUGCCCGGAAAGAGAAGCUUCAGAAGCAGAAGGCCAAGGCCCUGGAGGAUGGCAACGUUGCCAAGACGACAGAAUCCGCUACGAAAGCUGGAAAGAAGAAGAGAAACCACCCGCCCGCCAAAAGCGUUCUCAUAAUUGACUCAAAUAUACACACCAUCAUGAUCCCGAUCGCAAGACAUUCGGCCCUUCGCGCCGUCCGCUCGCAACUCGCUCCGCGGGCCUUCAACCAGUCUGCGCUUGCCCGCCUUCUCUCCACCUUGGCCGUCCUUGAACAGCGUGAUGGCAAGCUCCAGACCUCAUCGCUUUCCGCGAUUGCGGCUGCGCAGAAGCUAGGAGGACCCAUUACUGCCUUCGUGGCUGGAAACGGCGUUAAGGGAACCUCGGCUGCGGAGGCAGCUAAGAUUAAGGGCCUGGAUAAGGUAGUAGCCGUGGACAGCGAGGCUUAUGAGAAGGGUCUCCCCGAGAACUACGCUCCUCUUCUCGUCGAGAACAUCAAGAAGGGCGAAUACACCCACAUCAUUGGCGGCCACUCCGCUUUCGGGAAGAGUCUUCUGCCUCGCGUGGCAGCUUUGCUGGAUGUCCAGCAGGUGUCUGAUAUCACUGGAAUUGAGAGCGAGGACACUUUCGUCCGCCCUAUCUAUGCUGGAAACGCCAUUCUUACUGUUCAGUCGAGCGACCCCAUCAAGAUCCUCACCGUUAGAGGCACUGCUUUCCAGGGUGUUGAGACCGAGGGUGGCUCUGCAGAGGUCGUUGAGGGAGUUGACCCCAAGGCACCCGCCCAGACCGAGUGGGUUUCUGAGGAGCUUGCCAAGUCUGAACGCCCCGACUUGGGUACCGCAGCCCGUGUUGUGUCCGGAGGUCGUGGCUUGAAGUCGAAGGAGGAAUUCGAUAGGGUUAUUGUGCCUCUGGCCGAUACGCUCGGGGCUGCUAUCGGCGCUUCCCGUGCCGCUGUCGACAGUGGCUUCGCUGAUAACAGUCUGCAGGUUGGCCAGACUGGCAAGAAUGUUGCGCCUCAGCUGUAUCUCUGCGCUGGUAUUUCCGGUGCUAUCCAGCAUCUUGCUGGUAUGAAGGAUAGCAAAGUUAUCGCUGCUAUCAACAAGGACCCCGAUGCUCCUAUCUUCCAGGUUGCGGAUGUCGGCCUUGUCGGCGACCUUUUUGAGAAGGUGCCGGAGUUGACUGAAAAGCUGAAGAGCCAGGCUUAG